ACGCCUCUGCCCUGUGGCUCCGCCUCGGCAUCCCUCUCUGAGGCCAGAGUGGCUGGCGUUGUCCCUUCAGAGGGGACGCGAGUGGGUCUUCCCCUCGGAGGCCUGGGCUCUGGCAGCCUCUGUCGCUCUUUUCCCCGCCUGGCGCUGUCCAGCGCGGUGCUGCCGUCAUGGAUCUGAAUUUAAACCGAAUGGAUUAUUUACAGGUGGGAGUGACCUCUCAGAAGACUAUGAAGCUACUUCCUGCCUCAGGAAACAGAGCUACGCAAAAGGUAGUUGUCGGAGAUCAUGAUGGAAUAGUUAUGUGCUUUGGCAUGAAGAAGGGAGAAGCAGUGACAGUGUUCAAGACAUUACCUGGGCAGAAGAUUGCAAGACUGGAACUAGGAGGGGUUCUUAACACACCCCAGGAGAAAAUUUUUAUUGCUGCAGGAUCUGAGAUUAGAGGCUUCACAAAGAGAGGAAAACAGUUCCUCUCUUUUGAAACAAACCUAACUGAAAGCAUUAAAGCCAUGCACAUAUCUGGCUCAGACCUUUUUCUCAGUGCAAGUUACAUCUAUAACCAUUAUUGUGACUGUAAAGACCAACAUUAUUACCUUUCUGGGGACAAAAUCAAUGAUGUCAUCUGCCUUCCAGUGGAAAGAGUUCUUCGUGAUAUACCAGUAUUGGCCUGCCAGGACAGAGUGCUCAGAGUUUUACAGGGAUCGGAUGUGAUGUAUGAAAUUGAAGUUCCUGGACCACCCGCUGUUUUAGCACUACACAAUGGAAAUGGUGGUGACUCUGGUGAAGACCUUUUGUUUGGAACAUCAGAUGGAAAACUUGGACUUAUUCAGAUUACUACAUCCAAACCAAUACACAAGUGGGAAAUUCGAAAUGAGAAAAAGAGGGGAGGUAUUUUGUGUGUUGAUAGCUUUGACAUUGUGGGUGAUGGGGUUAAAGAUUUACUUGUUGGAAGAGAUGAUGGAAUGGUGGAAGUGUAUAGUUUUGAUAAUACAAAUGAGCCUAUUUUACGAUUUGAUCAGACAUUAUCUGAAAGUGUCACGUCUAUCCAGGGUGGUUGCGUAGGGAAAGCUGGCUAUGACGAAAUCGUGGUAUCCACAUAUUCAGGCUGGGUUACAGGUCUGACAACAGAGCCUAUUCAUAAGGAAAGUGGACCAGGAGAAGAACUAAAAAUUAAUCCAGAGAUACAGAAUAAAAUUUCCUCUUUACGGAGUGAGUUGGAACAUCUGCAGUAUAAGGUACUACAGGAAAGAGAGAAAUACCAACAGUCUUCUCAAUCAAGCAAAGCAAAAUCAGCUGUACCUUCAUUUAGUAUAAAUGACAAGUUUACAUUAAAUAAAGAUGAUGCCAGCUACAGCCUUAUCUUAGAGGUGCAGACAGCGAUAGAUAAUGUCUUAAUACAGAGUGAUGUUCCAAUAGAUUUACUUGAUAUGGAUAAAAAUUCUGCCGUCGUCAGCUUUAGCAGCUGUGAUUCUGAGUCAAAUGAGAACUUUCUUCUUGCCACUUAUCGGUGUCAGGCAAAUACCACAAGGCUGGAACUAAAGAUUCGCUCAAUUGAAGGCCAGUAUGGCACACUUCAAGCAUAUGUGACUCCAAGAAUUCAACCCAAAACAUGUCAGGUCCGCCAGUACCUUAUCAAACCCCUUUCACUCCAUCAGAGGACUCACUUUAUUGAUCAUGACAGACCCAUGAAUACACUGACUUUGACAGGCCAGUUUAGUUUUGCAGAACUUCAUUCUUGGGUCGUUUUUUGCCUGCCUGAAGUUCCUGAAAAGCCUCCAGCAGGAGAAUGUGUAACAUUUUAUUUUCAAAACACUUUCCUGGAUACACAACUUGAAAGUACCUACAGAAAAGGCGAAGGAGUUUUUAAAUCUGACAACAUUUCUACUAUAUCCAUCCUAAAAGAUGUGCUCUCUAAAGAAGCUACAAAAAGGAAAAUUAACCUCAACAUAUCUUACGAGAUAAAUGAAGUAUCAGUCAGACACACAUUAAAGCUAAUCCACCCAAAGCUGGAGUACCAGUUGCUUUUGGCUAAGAAAGUACAGUUAAUUGAUGCUUUAAAAGAACUUCAGGUUCAUGAGGGGAACACAGACUUUCUGAUACCAGAAUAUCGCUGUAUUCUAGAAGAGGCAGAUCACCUACAGGAAGAAUACAAAAAGCAACCUGCACAUCUGGAAAGACUCUAUGGUAUGAUCACCGAUCUUUUCAUAGAUAAGUUCAAGUUCAAAGGCACCAAUGUAAAAACCAAAGUGCCUCUUUUACUGGAGAUUCUGGACAGUUAUGACCAAAAUGCACUGAUUGCUUUCUUUGAUGCUGCAUGAAAUGUAAACAAGGUAAAGCUCCAAAGAAGCUGUUUAAAUAAUUGUCUGUUUAAAUGAAAAAUGUUAAAAUAGAAUUACAAGCUAACAGUACAUACUUUUAUUUCAAGUGCUUUUUAAUAUCUAAAAAUAUUUGAGGUACAACCUUUUUUAAAGUAAUGCUUCUAUUUUUUUGACAAAUGAAACUUUUUAAAAAUGAAGAGAUGUUUUAUUUUAAAACAUAAAUGAAAUGAGUCUGAUGGAUUUUAAUGAAUUUUUUCCAAGUGGAUGUUUUAACUUUUAAUUGAGAAAUAUUAUUUGGAAAGUAAAAAUAUAUUCAAAUAUUUAACAAGCUAACACAUAUAUGUAUAAACUCAGUUUUCAAAAUUGUAUUUAUGUAUGUUAUCUCAUUUGAUCUUGACAAUAUAUUUAUGAUCAUUUUGUCAAUUCAUAUAGGAAAACUGAUUCUUAGUGAGGUUAAGUGUUUAAGAAGACAUGCUAUUAAUUUGUAAAUAUGGGAUUCAAGUUCUGGUUCCUGGAUUAUGUUUUGGUUACUAUAUAUGUUAUCAACUAGGGGAAACAACCUAUAAAUUUUUUUUCCUAGGAAUUGAGAUUGAUUUGCAAAACUGAUUUUGCUGUUGCUUAGUAAUGUUUUGUGACCCAUGCUCAGUUUGUGAAAUAUUUGAGUUGACUCAACGCUAUAUUUAACUUGUUAUAACCAAGGGAAAUCAGCUGGGUGGGCUUGAACAGACUGGGGGAUCGUAACUUAAUGUGCUGUAACUAGUAGGACUAUGUAAGUGUACUACAUGUGAAUAGUGCAAAAAUAGUGAUAGCUUCUUAGAUUUUCCUGCCAUAGUAUCCACUGAUUUCCUUUUAAUCAUAUAUGGGGGAAAUAUGACUUUAAGGCUAUGGAAGUUUUGUUCAUUAAUCUUAAUUCAUAUUGAUUCAUAUUCAGGUGAAUAUCGUACGUAAAGGGUGUUUUAAAAUACCGUAAGGAAAUAGAAAAUAAGCUAUUUUUUAUGUUUUCAAGAAAGGCUCGCUCACACUCAUGAAUUUGUUGGAAAACAAUGCUUCUUAAUUAUAUACCAUUAUAAUUAUUAGGUAUGUGCAAGCCUUGUAUAUUAAAUGUGAGAAUUUGUUAAGGCACAUAUUGCUAACAGAGUUUUAUUUUAAUAAGGUCAUAUUGUUUUUACUAUAUUUAAACAUUUAUUUCUAAAUGGAACACAUAAUUAUAUAUAGAUCAGUAGAAUUUUACUCUGCUUUUUGUUGGCUACCACAGCUUGGGAAAGAAAGAGAUGAACAUUAAUGACCAUCUAGUGGGAUUUUUUUGUAGUACAUUACUCUUUGCUACAUCUAUCAACAGUAGUACAAGGUGGUACUUCAAAAUAACUGCAUCAUCAUUAGAAAAAUAAAAAGCAUGAUUGUGCGAAGCA